AUGAAGACGUUAUUCGAUAACGGAACGACAAAUCCGUCUGUUCGACGUUUAAUAACAUUGGUAAGAACGAAAUCACAAAGUGACGAUACAAAUUCUGAUAAGGAUGAUAAUAGUUGGUAUGAAAAAGCGGUGAAAAGUCUUGUAAAAAAACUUAAAAAAUCGAAACUUAUAGACGAACUUGAAAAAGCUAUCUCAACUCAAGAUCCACAUACUGAUUGCGUUUAUAUACCAAGGUCGCUGGAUGGUCGGCUACAGGUUUCACAGAAGAAAUGUCUGCCACAUGUAAUUUAUUGUCGAAUGUGGCGAUAUCCUGAUUUGGCUUCAACUCAUCAGUUGAAAUCAGUUGUGCAUUGUCGAUUUCCUUUUAAUAAAAAACUGGAAAAUGUUUGUGUUAAUCCGUAUCAUUAUGAAAAAGUUGAGACACCUGCUUUGCCUCCUGUAAUGGUUCCUCGGAAUAUUUCAUAUAAUGUUCCACACACCGUUGCGGUCGGAGGGAUAUUGCACGGAGGAGGCGAUCUUUCGAAAAAUUUAAAUUCGAUUACUACAACAGUGGAUCAAAAUCAGCGUGUUCCAAAUCGUACAUUGAGUUAUUCUGGUAUUGAACAGCCAGACGCGAUGCUUGAUUCACCAGUUCUGGAUUCUGUAACAGAACGCGGUCCAUUUUCUUGCUCUAUUGUUAAGCCAUUUACUGCGCUGGACGAACCGAUGAUUCCUGCAGUUUUUCCACCAGCUAAUGAAGCAGUUUCACCACGGGGAUAUAUGAGUGAGGAUCAAGAGAUGGAUGAAAGCCGUAGUCCAAAUGACUGUGCGUUUUGUAGUCCUGCUAAUUCGUCACAAACCACCGGAAGUCCAGUUGAUUCUUUGAACUCGUCAAUAAUUUGUUCAAGCGAGACUAGCCAAGGAAUUUGUCCGAUGGAUUGUGAUGAUCUCGCAGUUCCUGUUGAAUAUCGUGAAGCAACAUUCUGGUGUUCAGUUUCAUAUUAUGAAUUGUCGCAACGUGUUGGUGAUACUUUUCAUGCUUCAUUGCCAUCGCUGAUUGUUGAUGGAUUUUGUGCGCCAUCUAAUUCAGAUAGAUUUUGUCUGGGUACACUUUCAAAUGCUAAUAGACCUGCAAGCGUCACGGAAGCAAGACGUCAUAUUGGCCGUGGUGCUCGCUUUUAUUAUCUUGGUGGAGAAGUCUUCUGUGAAUGUCUCAGUGAUUCAGCAAUUUUUGUUCAAAGCCCAAAUUGUAACCAGCGCCAUGGUUGGCACCCUGCAACGGUUUGCAAGAUUCCACCAAACUGUAAUCUCAAGAUAUUCAAUUAUGCUGAAUUUGCUGCACUUUUAAAUGCAUCAGUUAAGCUGGGUUUCGAAGCAGUGUAUGCUUUAACGAGAAUGUGUACAAUUCGUGUCUCAUUUGUUAAAGGUUGGGGAGCAGAAUAUCGUCGUCAAGCGAUCACAGCAACACCUUGUUGGAUUGAAGCUUAUUUGAAUGGGCCUCUGCAAUGGCUUGAUAGUGUUCUUAAACAAAUGGGAAAUCCACCAAAUAGAUGUACAAGUUUUACAUAG